GGGGUUGGGUUUGCUGUUAAGUACCCCAAUUAGUUUUUUGGUUUUUUUUUAAAUACUCAUAAUUGUUUAAAGAAUUGCAUGGGGGGGAUGGAAUAGAAUUUAACUUGUGCUCCAACAGCCUUUUCAGUUGCUGGUUCUUGUUUCAGUGCUGGUUGAAGUCCUUGUGAAAAUUGCUCACCUGCAGGAAACAUGAGGUCACAGUACAUCGCGGCGCCCACAGUCACUGUCCUUCUGUUCCUGCUGUGGAUCCCAUCAUCAACAGGCUGCAACAAGGCUCUGUGUGCCAGCGACGUCAGCAAAUGCCUGAUACAGGAGCUGUGUCAGUGCCGCCCUGGGGAAGGGAACUGUUCCUGCUGUAAAGAGUGUAUGCUCUGCCUGGGCACACUUUGGGAUGAGUGCUGUGACUGUGUUGGUAUGUGUAAUCCUCGCAAUUACAGUGACACACCUCCAACAUCCAAGAGCACUGUUGAGGAGUUGCAUGAACCAAUUCCUUCCCUUUUCCGAGCACUGACAGAAGGGGAUACUCAGCUGAACUGGAAUAUUGUUUCCUUCCCUGUGGCAGAAGAACUGUCACACCAUGAGAACCUCGUCUCCUUUUUAGAAACAGUGAACCAGCCACAGCAUCAGAACAUCUCUGUUCCAAACAACAAUGUCCACACACCUUACUCUAGUGACAAAGAACACAUGUGUACUGUGGUGUAUUUUGAUGACUGCAUGUCAAUACAUCAGUGCAAGAUCUCUUGCGAGUCCAUGGGAGCUUCCAAAUACCGAUGGUUUCACAACGCCUGCUGCGAGUGUAUUGGGCCAGAAUGCAUCGACUACGGCAGUAAAACUGUCAAAUGUAUGAACUGCAUGUUCUGAAGCAGGAAAACUGUAAUAUAGCAAUACUGAGGCCAAAGUAAUCUCUCUCGGUUAAAGAGACGGGGAUUGCAAAUACUGCGUUUUGGUGGAGCGCCUGCUGGUUGCAAUUAAAUGUACCUGGUUGAAAAGAGGAUGUAUAAAAUCAGAGAACUUUUUUUUUUUUUUUUUUUUUUUUUGUAAUUCAUGUAAGCGAGGCUAACUAGUAGAUGUUUAAACACUAUGUUUUAAACUUAUUUUUCUUUAUUUCUGCUCAAAUGGUACAGUCAUGCUCAUUGCUGUUCUGAUUGUUUUCCUUUGAUUUGAAAGUAUUGGCUAUACUGGUUUUCAGAACAUAGUACUCUAUCUUGUAGUUUAGAGUAGGGAAACUUAGAAUGUGGUAAUGAGAUUUGCAUUAUCUAAAUUCAACAAAUAAAUAAAUGGCUGCUAGGUUGGAGGGAGAGUGGAUGUUGUUUAGGGGCUGGGUUUUUGGUAUUUGGUUUCUGGGUUGUUUUUUUUUUUUUAACUUUAUUACCUUCCAGUUUUUGAGGUUAGCUUUUUAUUGUGGAAGUGGUAUUUGGAAAAAACUAAAAAUUCAUGCUUUCUCUUCAAGUUCAAAAUAUGGGCUGUCAUGGAUAAAAUCCUAACUUCUUAGAAGGGCUGCCCAACAAAACACCAUGAAUGGGACACUUUUCCUCCAAGUUUCAUUUGCCCUGCUCUCUUUUCAUUGGGGCCUAUGAUGCAUAAUUUAUGUGUUACACAGAAUAAUCUUUUCAGUCUUCUCUUAGAUUCCAAAAUAAAACUGUUAAGUGUAGUUGCAUUUCCCACCUUUUGCACUGUUCUCUAGGGUUAUUACACCCUGUACAUUUAAUCCAGUAAAGGGAACAUGACAGGCUAUGAUGGAUUUAAUGACUAAAGGAGUAAAGAAUGAAAUGACAGGA